CAUUGCCCAUCGACACUAGAUCCUCCCCUUGCUCGCUUAUUCGGAAGCUACAUCAACGCUCGAAGACUCGACUACGGAACGGGAUAGGGGGAUCAGAAAUUUUCGGGCGUCCAUCUCAUCACAUCUUCCAUCAUGGGGACGCGAAUGACACUGUACAAGCUCGUGGUGCUAGGAGAUGGAGGAGUCGGAAAGACUGCAUUAACGAUUCAGUUAUGUUUAAACCACUUCGUCGAAACGUACGAUCCGACAAUCGAGGACUCGUAUCGUAAGCAAGUAGUAAUCGACGGUUUCUCGUGCAUGCUCGAGGUGCUCGACACGGCCGGACAGGAGGAGUACACCGCGCUGCGCGACCAAUGGAUCCGAGACGGUGAAGGCUUUGUUCUCGUCUACUCGAUAUCCUCGCGGUCCUCGUUCACGCGUAUACCGCGCUUCCAUAACCAGAUACUGCGAGUCAAGGAGAGCGCGGGCACGGGCGGGUCGCAGAUGGCGAACUACAACAGCCAGGCACAGGUAUACGGGGGCUCACCGGCCGCGAACGUACCCAUCAUGCUGGUCGGCAACAAGAGCGAUCGCGUCACGGAGAGGGAGGUGAGCACACAAGAGGGCCACUCGUUGGCGAGAGAGCUCGGCUGCGAAUUCGUGGAAGCAUCGGCCAAAAACUGCGUCAACGUGGAACGCGCCUUCUUCGAGGUGGUCAGACUGCUGAGAAGACAACGGAACCUGGGACCAAGGAGAAACACGGGGACCGGCGAUCCGGGCGAGCAGGGUAUGGGCGCCGCGGCUGGCGGGAGAGGUGGCAAAACAAAGAAGGGGCCAAACGGGAAACAGAAGAGGGGAUGUGUCAUACUAUGAGCGUCAUGCGGUUGACGCGCGCGGUUGACGGAAGGGGGUGCGUAGCGGACUUGGUGGAAGGAUGAGAGGUGCGGAAACAUGUCCACGGAAGAGUGGGGG